UAACUGAAACGCCAUAGAAAGAAGUAGGGACUACUUGUCUUUUUAAGGAGAGUCGAUGAUGUCCAACUCUCUACAUCCAGUAAGUAGACAGAUCAGGCAUUACAUACACACGUACACUGAGUAAUUUCUUCCAUGGCCUCUCCUUCAUCUCCUUCUUCAGUCACAUCUCCAUGGCUCUACGAUGUCUUCUUGAGCUUUAGAGGAGAAGAUACCCGUGAUAUUUUUACUGCCCAUCUAAACCAUGCUUUGACGGAAAAGGGAAUCCGUACCUUCUUAGAUGAGGAUGAAGUUAAAAGGGGUGAUGAAAUUUCACCUGUACUUCUCCAAGCCAUAGAAGAUUCAAGGAUUUCCAUCAUUGUAUUCUCAGAAAAUUAUGCAUCGUCAACAUGGUGCUUGGAUGAGUUAUUGAAGAUUCUUGAGUGUAAAAAAUCAAAGCAACAACUAGUUCUACCUGUGUUUUACCACGUAAAUCCAUCAGAUAUUCGACAUCAAAGAGGAAGUUUUGGAAAAGCAUUGGCUAAACAUGCAGAGAAAUUGAAUGGAGACAUGAAGUUGCAGAUGUGGAAGGCAGCCCUACUAGAAGUUGCUAGUUUGUCCGGAGACCAUUUGAGAAAUGGGUAUUUCUAACUCUGACUAGCUGCUUAAUUAAUUUGUGUCUGCAUCUUGUGUAUAUAUAUAGUACUACGUACGUAUCAACUAAACUUAUUAUUUCUUAUUUACCAUUUUUUUUUUAUCAAUUUUUACGUAUUGAAUUUUCAAGAAAAUAAAAUUUAAGUUAAUUAGAAGCCUGUCUUUUGAAGAAUUUAAAGAUCAUUCGGAGGAGGGGAAAAAAGAACCAAGAAAAAUAAUUGAAGUUCGUUGUUUAUUAUAAAUUUUCUGGCUCCCAUAAAUAAUAAAAUAAAUAAAUAUAUCAAAAUAAUUUAGUAGGGAAAUAAAUUUAAUAAUGAAAGGUUCUAGCAAAACGUUGAUCGAGAAUUAACUUGCGAUCAACUGUUCAAAUUAUUUACAUUAUGUUUUUCGUGCGUAGAGCUAUAUUCAUUAAUAAUUGUUCUUUACAUAUAUAUAUAUAUAUAGGAACGAAUCUAAAUUCAUUGAAGGAAUCGUUCAAGACAUCUCAAGAUUUCUAGUAAAUCAUUCAUAUUUACCUGUUGCGAAGUAUCCGGUUGGCUUAGACUCCCAGUUACGGGAUAUCAUGAAUUUGCUUUAAGUGUUGGGA